AUGGAGGGACAUCCCACCCUGCAACUCCGCAUCUUUGACCUUAACUGCUGGUCCAUCCGCUAUCUGAGCAAGCGGCGGCAGGAGCGUGUCCAGCUCAUUGGGGACAUGCUGCGCCGGGAGUGCUUUGACCUGGUGCUUCUCCAGGAGGUGUGGAGCGAGCAGGACUACAGCAACCUGAAGGUGAAGCUGCGAGGCUGCUACCCCUUCUCCCAUUACUUCCGCAGCGGGGUGAUCGGCAGCGGCCUCUGCGUCUUCUCCAGGUUCCCCAUCCUGGACACCCUCCUCUACCAGUACUCACUGAAUGGGUACCCCUACAUGCUCCAGCACGGGGACUGGUUCUGUGGCAAGUCCGUUGGCCUCGUCGUCAUUAAGAUCUCUGGGAUCGUCUUCAAUGUCUAUGUCACUCAUCUGCACGCCGAGUACUGCCGGGAGAAGGAUGCCUACCUGCCCCACCGCCUGGUGCAGGCCUGGGAGCUGGCGCAGUUCAUCCGACACACUUCAAAGGCAGCUGAUGUGGUGCUGCUGGGAGGGGACCUGAACAUGCACCCCGAAGAUGUGGGUAUCCGGCUGCUGCGCAGCUGGACAGGGCUGCGGGAUGCCUUCACCGAGGCCACACGCUUUGAGGGCUGUGAGGAUGGCUGCACCCUUGUCCCCAACAACUGCUUCACUGUCAAGACAGAGCUGAUGCCCUUCCCACUGGGCAUCCGCAUUGACUACAUCCUCUACAAGGCUGUCUCCAGCUUCACAGUGAAGUGCGAGGAGUUGAAGACCACCAUGGGGACAGCCCCGGGCACGGACAUCCCCUUCUCAGACCAUGAGGCUGUGAUGGCAACGCUGCACAUCCAGAGGCAGGGACGG